GAAUUAAAUAUUUCACAUACUAUUCUUGAAUAUGCAGACACCAGGUGAUUUUUGUUGCCUUGGUUCUUCAGAUUUCGAUGACCGACAUUGUUUUUGCCGUGGUAUCAAAGAAAGAGAUGAUAAGUUCAUGCCAAUGUUUGGAAUACCAAGCGGUACAAGCGCAUCCAACCAACAUUACCCUGAGUUCACAUACAAGAGUGGAGUUGAACUCUGCUAUUGUUGUUUCGAUUCGAUUUGUAUAAAGAUUUUUCGAUCAAAUUGGUAUGGACAUGUCAGCUAUCACUAUACCUGGGGAAACUAUAUUGAUGGCUUUAAGAACGUUGAUGAUUAUGACUAGCUACAUGAGCAAACUAUGGACUAUAUGAUCCUUAUUA